AAGGUAAGCAUUCGGCGCGGCUCAGCAGUUGGCGUGGUAACAUGUCAACAAGCGUGAUUCAAACCCAUUAGAGCGGAGCGAUUUGACUUGUUUAUUCAGGUAAAGCUCGAUCUUCUUUCAUCUAAACUGAUUGUACUUAUUGUCUGGUGUCUGUAGAAUAGUAAAAAUGUCAGCUCAACCAACAAAGAUGGUGCGUGCCACGGCCUGGAGUGACGACGUAGAGGAGGCGUACAGAUUCCAGCUGGCUGGCUACAGGGAUGCCCAGGACUACGCUGUCUGUACAAAAGAAGAGGCUACAAGAUGGCCACAUAAUGGAUAUAUAAAGAAGUUAAUUCGUAAAGAUGGAUGCUGGUAUUACUUCAACAAAAGUCGAGAAUGCUCCGACAAAGAUGUACCCAAGUGCAAAUUAUACUCUUAUUAAUGACUGGUCUCUCUAGCUAGGUUACAUACAAUAAUUUUAAUUUGUAAAUAUAUGGCAGGUCUGCAUGUAAAAUCUGGCAAACUUUUUUCAGCUUGAAGUUUUAGAAUUGUGUGUGUGAGUGUUUGUGUAAUUUAUUAAAAAUCUCAAAUUGCAACAAAGUUCAUGAAGUGGGCAUCAUAAUUUUACACAUUGUUAUCAUAACUGUUUGCUUGUAUCCAUCUUAUAUAUAUAUAUUUUUUUAAGUUAAACAUAAACAUGUUAAACAGACCAGUAUUUUGCCUUGUUUAGGCAAACGGAAGAAAAGUCACAAUUUUGUGAUCUUACCAAGCACUAUCGUGCACGCUUAUUAUAUAAAUAUUGUAAACACACUUUGUCAAGUUGUUGUAAAUAUUGUUUAUUUAUUUAUCAUUCACAAGACAUUCUUGGGUGAGAAAAAAGUUGAGAGAAAUAUCAUCAGCAGUUGAGUGAUGCGAGACUUUAGAAAGUGCUUAAUUUCUCCAAUAUAGCUUGCAAAAAUAUAAUUUAACUAAUGUUUAUAAACUGUAUGAUGAUGAAAUACAUUGAAAUUAUUGUUACCAUUUAUCAUAUCAUUAAUUAAAUUCAUGCAAAGCAUGACACAAUCAGAA